AUAUGAGUGUGAUGUCCUGCAGGAGCAGUUCUCUGAGGUUUUGGACGCCAUGUUCGAGGUGCUGGUCAAACCUCAGGAGCACAUCAUAGACCAAGGAGACGAUGGAGACAAUUUCUACGUCAUAGAGAAGGGUGUGUAUGAUAUUGUUGUUCAGAAAGACGGAGUGAGUGUGUGCGUUGGAAAGUACGACAAUAAGGGCAGUUUUGGUGAACUGGCUCUCAUGUACAACACGCCGCGAGCUGCCACAAUCAUUGCAACGCAGGAAGGCGCCCUGUGGGGCCUGGAUCGAGCCACAUUUCACAGACUGAUUGUUAAAAAUAAUGCGAAGAAGAGGAGGAUGUACGAGGCCUUUAUUGAAUGUGUUCCUCUUCUGAAGUCUCUCGAGCUCUCUGAGAGAAUGAAGAUUGUCGAUGUUUUGGGUGCACGAGGGUUCAAAGACGGAGAACGCAUAAUAGCACAGGGAGAAAGUGCUGACUGUUUCUACAUUGUGGAAUCAGGAGAAGUAAAGAUUAUGAUAAAAAGCAAAACAAAGGCCGGCCAGCUGGACAACACAGAAGUGGAGGUGGCUUGUUGCUCUAGAGGGCAGUAUUUUGGGGAGCUGGCACUGGUCACCAACAAACCUCGUGCAGCGUCCGUUUAUGCUGCGGGAGAAACCAAAUGCUUAGUAAUUGACAUUCAGGCAUUUGAGCGUCUGCUGGGCCCCUGUAUGGACAUCAUGAAGAGGAACAUCUCCCAGUAUGAAGACCAGCUGGUGGCACUGUUUGGCUCCAGUGUCGAUUUGAAACACUAGGACACAAUGUCAUAAGAUAAACUAGGAUUAAAGCCAAAUAUAAUGACAGUACAUGUAACACAUGAUUAUCUUCCUCAUGAUGUAAAAGAAACAUGAAUCCUACUAUUUUAUAUUCAGUCAAAUUUACCGUUCCUGCAGCAGAAGGUAAAAGUGAGAAAGAUGCGCUGUGUUUCUUGUGACGACCCAAAUAAUCACCACAAGGACAUUUGAACGAUAUUGAACGUGCAUAAAUAUACCUCAUUGACAAGUCAAUUUAACAACAGUCUAGUUCCCUGAGGAUGCACAACCCAACAUACAGUACCUCAACCUUAAAAUUCUUUACUGCUUAAUAAUCGGAAUACAUUUAUUUACUUUUUUAUUUAGUGAACUCCACAAGUCUAUAAAGCCUUUCAUAAGCUCCAGAUUUAACAUUGCCCAUGUUGUUCUUUUUUAUGUAGGUGUGAUUUAACAUUUUGACGUCGCCGUAGGAAAAACACAGGUGUAAAUAAUUAAAUGAAUGAUGGCUGAAUUACAUUUAGCUGCUUCAGUUUCAGGUCUGCUUCAGUCCUGAUAUUGUGUGGCUUACUGGGCACUAUUAAGAAUGGAGCCACACUUUUUGACUUGUCAAAGUAGGAAAAGCAACAUUAAUGCUCCCUUCUAUUCAAGUGUCCCAGUAAGCUGACAGUGAGCCAGCGUGCACAAUGCCAGAACCCUGAAACUGAAGCAGCUGAAUGUAAUUCACCCAUAAUUAAUUAUUUCCACCUGUUUUUCCUAUUCAGACAUGUCAAAAUGUUGUCUGACACUACUGUCUUUAAUAGGUUUUUUUUUGGUUUGUUUUUUUAACUGAAGCAGUUGUUUUAAACGUUUGCUAUAAUGUUAAAAUUACAUCUUAAAAUCAAGUUCUCAUAAGAACAAGAUAUGAGCCAUCAAAAUCAGAUACACCGUGAAUGAACAGUCAGAUUUCAAUGUUAAUGAACAGUCAGAUUUCAAUACUAGUUACAAAUACCAGCUACAAUUGUUACGCAACUGAGGUACAGUUCCAUCACUGCCUAGUUUCCAAAUUAUACAAAUACUGAAUUAUGGAAAAUGUAAAAUUGUUCACACACACAAAAUUAAUGUUACUGUACUUAUCAGUCACUGACUUGAUUAUUAUAGAUGGUAUUGUACUACUUUCCAUUUGCACUCAGUAAAGGAAGCCAUCUGCAACUGUUGACAAUCCCUCUGUUGUUUACUUAAACCUUUGUUGUAUGGCAUAAAAUGUAAGUGUACCCCUUUUUAAUAAAUGGCAUGACUUAUUUAAGUGAUUAAAAUCAUACAUAAAAGUUGAACAUUCUUACCAAAAACACGACAUAAAAAAAUAAAGGAUUAUAUCUUAAAUA